UUUCCCCUUCUUUUAAUGGAAAAUAUUGAAGUUCCUGAGUAUUUCAUUUGUCCAAUCUCAUUACAAAUCAUGAAAGAUCCCAUAACGAUCGUUACGGGAAUCACGUAUGAUCGUGAUAGUAUUGAACGUUGGCUUUCCAAAAACCCUAAUAAUAACGCCAUUUGUCCGGUCACGAAGCUACACGUGCCACGAGAUUCAGACCUAACACCAAACCAUACUCUACGUCGUUUGAUUCAAGCGUGGUGUGUAUCGAAUGGAUUCAACGUUGUUGAUCGGGUCUUGACUCCGAAGCCUCCGUUAAGCAAAUUCUACGUCCUCAAUCUCGUGCUUGAUCUCUCAGUCCCUAAGAUGGAGAAUAUUAAGACGUUGGAGAAAUUGGAGAUGUUGGCUAAGGAGAAUGAGAGAAACAAGACAUACAUGGUUGAAGUUGGAGUUCAUGAAACCCUAGUUAAUUUCUUGAUCCAAUGUUACAAGAAAUGUAACACUAAUGGACUUGAAAAAGCCCUUAGUACACUUUGCUUGAUUUGGGAUUUUUCAUCUUGUCAUGAAAAUAAAGUCAAAAAUCGCGAAGAGAUGCUAAUAGAUUCAAUAACGUGGGCGUUAGGUCUUGAUCACGACAUGCAGAACCAUGCAAUGAUCAAGAACCACGCGAUGAACGUAUUGAGAUUUAUCAUUGGAAAGGCGAAUACGAGCACAUUGGACAGACUAAAACCCCAAUUAUUCGAGAAAAUAAUUAGGUUUUUACGCGAGAGUGAUAGUAAUACUACAACCAUCACGCAAAAAGGGGUUAAUGCCGCUUUGCAAGUCAUGGUAGACACUAGUCCUUCGGGCAAAAACCGGAACCUGAUGAUUCAAUCAAGGGCAAUUUUAGAGCUCAUCGAGCUCGAACUCAAUUUUUCAUCAAAUAAAAAAAACAAAGAGCUCAUUUUUGGGAUAUUAUUCAAUUUAUGUUCUUGUGCUGAUGGGAGGGCACAACUUUUAAGUCAUGCUGCUGGAAUUGCUCUGAUUACAAAGAGGAUUUUGAAGGUUUCUCCAAUUGUAGAUGAAAAAGCCAUACUGAUCCUUUGUUUAAUUUCAAAAUAUUCAGCAACAAGUGGAAUUCUUCAAGAAAUGUUGAAAGUCGAAAGUGUGUCAAAGAUUUGUACUGUAAUUCAAGCUGAUUUUCCUUCACAUAUAAAGGAUAAAGCAAGGGAAAUAUUAAGAAGUCAUUUUGAUGUUUGGAAAAAUUCACCUUGUGUUGAAGUUGCCACCUUAACAAGGUAUGCUUAAUGAUCAUCAUUACAAUAUUUU